UGCGUCUCGCGGUGCCCAUUCAUUUCCUCGUAGUGGAGAGCGAAGCUGAGCGGAUCCAGUAUGGCAGCCGUCAUCCCGCAGCCCGUCACACACAUCAUCUUUGACAUGGACGGACUCCUGCUCGACACGGAGCGCCUUUACACAGUGGUAUACCAAGAAAUCUGUGACCGAUUUGGAAAAAAAUACACAUGGGACGUAAAAUCCUUAGUCAUGGGGGAAAAGGCAUUGCCGGCAGCUCAAAUUAUCCGUGAUGUUCUCGACCUUCCUAUUACUGCUGAAGAAUUACUGAAUGAAAGCCAAAUUAAGCAGGAAAAGCUUUUCCCAACUGCUUCCUUAAUGCCAGGGGUUGAAAAGUUAAUCUACCAUCUGAAUAAGCACAACAUCCCAAUGGCUGUUGCCACCAGCUCAGCCAGAGUGACAUUUGAAAUGAAAACAAGUAGACACAAAGAAUUCUUCAAUUUAUUCCAUCACAUUGUGCUAGGAGAUGACCCAGACGUGAAAAGUGGCAAACCUCAGCCUGAUAUUUUUCUUGUAUGUGCAAAGAAGUUUAACCCCCCUCCGAGCGUCGACAAGUGCCUUGUGUUUGAAGAUGCACCAAAUGGCGUUAAGGCAGCAAUGGCAGCUGGUAUGCAGGUGGUCAUGAUUCCAGAUGAAAAUCUAAAUCGAGAUUUAACCAAGAAAGCAUCUUUAGUGCUCAAAUCAAUGGUGGAAUUUAAACCAGAAUUAUUUGGCUUACCACCUUAUGAACAGAAAUAGAAGUGUGUCGUAGUUAAAACUAUUGCCAUAUUUUCUUUAAAUAAAGUAUAGUUUAAAGAAUUG